ACUGGCAGAGCGGCCGGGGCCGGGGCUGCGCUGGGCUGGCGGCGGGCGGCGCUUCCCGGCCCUCCCUGGCGGCUGAGCCCGACAGCGCCGAUCAGAAAAUGGGGGUGGACGGCGGGCGGGGGGAGCGACGCGUCCUCGGCUCUCCAUCUCCUAAAAUGGCGCUGAAGAGCUGGGCCCGCUCGUCCUGGAGUUCUGGAGGCAGCUGAGGCGGCUGCGCCCGUGUUGAACUCCGAAAAAAAUUAACCUUAGUUCCGUCGUUCUGGCUGUGGCGGGAGUUUGGCGGCAGCAGCUUCACGGUCUCUGUGAAAUUGAACUACAUCUUAGGAAAUAAAGAAAUGGACGGGAUGGAUGAAACAUCUAAAAGAAUCCUAGAGCCAUACCAGUAUCUGCUUCAACUACCAGGUAAGCAAGUGAGAACCAAACUGUCACAGGCCUUUAAUCACUGGCUGAAUGUUCCAGAAGAUAAAAUACAGGUUAUCAUUGACGUGACAGAGAUGUUGCACAAUGCAAGUCUACUUGUGGAUGAUAUUGAAGAUAACUCAAAGCUACGACGGGGCUUUCCAGUGGCGCACAGUAUCUAUGGAAUUCCGUCUGUAAUCAACUGUGCUAAUUAUGUUUAUUUUCUUGGCUUAGAGAAAGUUUUAACCCUUGAUCAUCCAGAUGCUGUUAAAGUUUUUACCCGUCAACUUCUGGAACUCCAUAAAGGUCAAGGCUUGGAUAUUUACUGGAGGGAUACUUACACCUGUCCUACAGAGGCUGAGUAUAAAGCGAUGGUACUGCAAAAGACAGGCGGUCUCUUCGGAUUAGCUGUAGGCCUCAUGCAGCUGUUCUCGAAUUAUAAAAAAGACUUAAAGCCACUUCUUAACACACUUGGUCUCUUCUUCCAAAUAAGAGAUGACUAUGCCAACUUGCACUCCAAAGAAUAUAGUGAGAACAAGAGUUUCUGUGAAGACUUAACUGAGGGCAAGUUCUCAUUCCCAACCAUUCAUGCAAUUUGGUCAAGACCUGAAAGUACUCAGGUGCAAAACAUUUUACGUCAAAGGACAGAGAACAUAGAUAUAAAAAAAUACUGUGUACAUUACCUUGAAAAUGUUGGUUCCUUUGAGUACACUCGGAAUACAUUGAAAGAGCUUGAAUCUGAAGCCUAUAAACAAAUUGAAUCACUUGGGGGAAACCCUGAGCUUGUAGCACUAGUUCAACAGCUGAGCAAAAUGUUCAAAGAACCUGAAAAUUAAAACAUCAACUUCUGGGCGUGGAUUAAAACUCUUUUAAAAUGGGAAAAUAACCAGAUGGAGAGCUGUGAUAAUCAGUCUUAUGUAAAACUUUCUCUUGUAGCCAUGUUACAGAAAUUACUGUUAAAAGUAACUAGUCAUUAAGUUUUGAAAUAUAUACCUUAUUAUCUCUAAAGUCUUAACUGUAACUGCUUACAGUUGAUUUUGUUAAAGCAGAUGUACUAGAACUAAAACAAGUUUUGAAUCUAAAUAUAGUAGUCUUUACACAAUCACAGGCAUUAUUUCAUACCUAAAACUCUCAUGCCCCUAACCAGGCAAUGAUAGGGUGUUGGUUGAAAUUCUGUGUUAAAUUAAAUCAGGUUGACAUAUGUGUAUUAUGCAUUUUAAACAAUGCUCUUAUAAACCAAAAUUCUUAUUGAAAAAAAAAAAAAGGCGCUUGCAAGAACAAUGCACAUAAAAUUGUGUGAUAUUUCUAAGCUCAACUUGUGAAGAUCAGGUGGAUCAGUUUACUAUGUCCUAGAGUGAAUAUCCUAUCCAGCUUCUGUGGAUAUUUUCAGGGGAAUGUGAAUUAUGAAAGAUGGUAUUUCAUAUGCAAAUAAGAUAUGCUCAGUCUGAAAUUGUGACUUGAUAAAGAUUUUGCAGUACCUUAGAGAAAAGAUUUCAUCACAUCAACAAAGUUAAAUUUGCUGCUGAUUCCAGCUCUGCAGUAAUUUUGCUUACCUGGUUUUAGAUUUUGAAAUUGUCAAAUAUUCUGUAGCCAGAAACCUAAAUCUGUGCAUUAGAGCUCAUAUAUGUAACUGUAAAUAGCAACAUAAUGAGCUGCUAAUAGAAAUGGAAAGGAAUUCACACCAGGUAACUUUAGGACACCAUAAUUGGUGCAGGUCUCUUUAAUCUCUGCUUAUAAUUGAGGGGCUUCUCCAAGACUUUAUUCAUAAUUCAAAUUUAAUUCCUGUUCUGAAUAGUUGUCUGGAGGCAUGUUCUAUAUCUCUCCAAAGAAACAAGAGCUGUAUUUUUUUUCUUAAAACUCAGUAUCUUGUUUUACAAGCUUCAUUAUCAGUAUCUUGUUUUACCACUUCAGUUUUGUUAAUUGCUUAAAUAGAGCUUUAAAAUUAUAGACAUACCAAAACAGAACUGAGACUGAAAGCAAGAUUUAGGGGUGGGGCUAAGUAACAAAGUUCUCUGCUCAUAUAUAUAUAUAGCUAUAUAUAUGUCUAUGUAUGUGUGUGUAUGUAUAUAUAAAUAUAUAUAUAUAAAUGUUAAUAAAAGGUAAGCAGAGAUGUUUGUUUUUUUUCUUGCCUGGGCUGCUUUUAAUCAGGUUCAGUUCCCUUAGUAUUCACAGGUAUAUUAAACUUUGACUUGAAGUAGUAAGGUAAUGGUUUGGAUCAAAGGUAGGACUGGUGCUAUAAGCUGUGGUGCUAGCUCAAGCAUGCUCUGAAAUGGACAGAGGUGCUUGGCUUCUGAUGGCUAAAGGAUAGUUUUAUGUAGGUGUUCAUUUACUGUACCUGGAAAACAGGGAAAGCUAUGAUCUCAGCCCACUGAGAAAACUAGCUGAAGAAGGUUGCUCUAAUGUCUUCCCUGGGCAGCCUUAAUAUCUUUCUGAAAGUGAUCAAACAUGACAAAAUUGAGGAUGACUGCUUUCAGUCUGAAAUAUUAUGUAGUUAUGGAUGAUAGCCUGUUCUUUUUAUCUGCAUGCUGAGGAGAAAUCUUUGUCUGAUUAGACACUGAAUAAUAGGCUUUUCAUUGAAUGGACCUAGUUACCAGGACUGAAUAGCUUAACAUUGGUGAAAGGUGUCUUUAAUGUUAAUGAAAAAUAAUUGUAAUUCCUUUUUCAUAACUUGCAGUGCUUAGUAAGCCUGUAAUUUUUUAAUGUGUUAUGUGAAAACAGUAUCUACAACAAAUUACAUUUAUUUUGUGCCAUGUCUUGGAAGUUUCUAAGCACUGUUGUAGUUAAUGUUGAAUAGGGGAAAGCACUGAAAAAAAUAUUGUUGUCAGGAGAAUCUCCUAGUCUUACUGUGAAAUGUAUCCUUGUGCCUGUUAGGAUAUUGUAACUGCGAUACAAUGCAAAGUGCACUUAGUGCCAUUUCAUUUCUGUUCUGUUGCUGGAUGUAAGCAGUUCUGUGUAAUCAAACUUCCAUAAUGAAGUAGCUUUUCUUACUGUUUGUAUAAAGCUUUUCUACCAUCUGAGAUUUCUGCUAUGUCAUUGCUCAUUUUUUUCUCUGGCAAUUCACCCCAGUAUUUAUUCUAAUGCUAUAUCCUGUAGCAUGUGCCUUCAUUAGGAGUAGGUACAUGGAUGUUUUCCAGUUGCAGACCAUUUAAACCACAAAUGGGUAAGAAGGGAACAGCUGUUCCAGCUUUGUCUUCCCAGGUUACAAGAGUCUGUGCAGCUCUCUCUUGCUCUUCUGCCUUCAAGGUGUUUGAUGUAUACAAAGCAUAUACUGAGGGCAUAUCUGGAAAGGCCCACAAGUAGAGCAUUGUUGCUCUUAGGUUAGGAUAAACAGGAUUGUGAGAGCUUUUCUUGAUGUAUUCAGGAGUCCGAAGAGGCUGGGAUAUUUCCCUUUCAUCUGUUAAGCUGGUAGAGCAUCUGUAAAUACAAAAUGCCAGUAGUAAUGAUGUCCCUUAGUCAAGGUAGAUUUUGUAUUUGGUGCCAUAAGAUCAGUCUGUGCAUGCUCAUCAAUAUCCUCCAAUGUUAUUACUGGUACUGGCUCCUGAGGCUAAACAGUGUUAAGAAAAACCCUUCUUUAAAGCAGCAUGGGAGUUCUUGUGACUGCACAGUUAGUUGUGCGAGUGCCCCUCUGUUGCUAUGCCUCCCACAACACGGGGAGUAGGGAUUUUUCCUGAUCUUCAUAAAAUAUGGCAAUCUGAGUUACAAGUGGAGAUGCCCAGAGGGAAACAAAGGGGAUGAUCGUUUCAACGUCAGUCCUUUUGAGCCAGAAUGGUUCUCCUUAUCUUCUUACUGUUGCAGCAAGUUCUACUUUGAUCAGGUUCCUGGGGGUUUAGUUCUUGCAGCUCAUAUUAAGAGAAAUGCAAAUACUCAUCCAUCUGGAGUAUUCCCCACUACCUCAGUAUGUUUUCUGAUUUUAUGCUUCCUUGGAUGUAAAUGAGUGCUGUCACUUGUCUUAGAGUAGUCAGCCACUGGAUGGGACAUCUGUCUUUGCUUUUUCAUAGGCUUAUGUUUACCCUGUCAAUUAUUAUGAAAAUUGCAUAGUUUCAAUAUGUUCCUGAGGAGGUAGCUUUCUCCUCUCCUUUUGAACUCAGGUUGUUCAGGUACCCACUCAGAGCAACUUUGUAUAUAUAUGUGUGUGUAUAUGUAUGUGUGUAGCCAGUUGUUGAUACAAACAAUAUAGAAAUGUUAAUGGGAAAGAAACUGUUGGUUGCUCUGUUUCUGCUUUUUUGUUAGUCUGGCUGCAUGUGCAAUGGUGAUUUCCUAUAUUAAUGACUGUUUUCCUCGGUUAUUGUUAAAAUGCCAGGUAUAACGGUAUAAAAAUGGGUUUGUGAGGGGGUUUGCAUUUCUCAUGGAAAACUGGUUUGAGCUUUAAUAUGCCUUUAUCACUGAAUUGGGCCAGGCUUUUAUCCAUGUGGAAGAGCCAUAUGGGCAUCUAUUGCUCUUCUUUGUCCUAUCUUCAUCAUUUUGCAUUUCAGAUUUGGUAUUUACUAUGCUCUUUGUAUUAUUUGCUCAGUACUUUCACUGUAAUUCUUCUUUCAGCUGUAUUUCUAUUCUGCUGUUAAUGCCAAGCAUACAUAAUAUCAACAAACUCGGUUUUGAUCCUGGACAAACAUACUAGUCUGGGUAUACUUUUGAAAUGUUGAAUCUUGGCUCAUCAUUUGCCUUCACGAAAGUAAUCCAAGAAUAAUCCAAGAUUUUCUGCAGCCUCAAAAUGCCUGAAAGUUUGGGUUUUUUUGUUUUUGUUUUUUUUCCAGGAAGCUAAAGCUGUAAUAUCUUAUGACCAUAAAUUAUUUUUGUCUCAUGUAAGUUGAGCUACUUUCCUUGCCCUGCCUGUUUGCUUUUAAGAUCCAUUUUGCUUUGGUGGUAAUGCCUGUUACGUCUUUUUAUGAAUAAACUUAACUCUCUAGCCCUGAGGGAGAGAAGUUAAUUUUUGUCCAGGUUAAUGAAUUAUCCCACUCAGCAAGAGUCUGAUGAAUGCCAGAGCUGGCAGGUGGACAAAGGGCCAAGGAAAGGAUUUCAGUGAAUUAAGAGAACUCAUUUUUGCCUUCUGAUGUCUCAUGUAAUUUUAUCUUCUUUUACAGAAUUUACUUGACUUUGUUAGGAAAAGCUAAAGUGUGUGGCUAGUUUCUCUGAGCUUCUGAAAUAGACUGUGAGAGAUACUUAAGUUAAAAAUUAUUUAUGUAACUUACGUAUAUCAUCUAAAGAUUUUAUUAAAGGUACAGAUAAAACAGAGUACAUUGUUUCAUUACUUUAUUUUUUCUCUUAACAAUUUUUCUGUUCUCAAAGUCAGGGAAACAUAAUCUGCCAUAUGCAUAUUUGAGUUGAUUGCUACCUCACAUUAACAUUCUUCCUGAAAAAAAUUUUAUCAUAGCUGAGCAUCAGCGUUCAACCUUUUCUGAAGUACUUUAAAAUUAUUUCAGAGGCACCUUGUUGAGGUGUAGCUAGGAAUAAUCCAUGAUUCAUUAACUCACUUCAAGCAUACAAUCUGAAAAACUUCUAAUAAAGAUGCAGGUUAAACCACAUUAACCCUGAUAGUGUUCCUCACCUGUAUACCCUAUGGAACAAGUACAAUCUCAAUUAACCUACUGAAAAGGUAUUUACUGAUUAUCUCUAUUUAGUACAGCAUAGAGAACCACGGGAGAUACACCAAGAAGGCCUAAUGUGACACUUCCAGGGAAAGCAUUACACAACCUCAAUGAAUUUGUGUAGAAGACUAACUCUGAGGUGAAGGGAAAUUGUAGAUAAUUAUCUGCUUUUGAGCUCCAGGAAAAUGCUCUACUCAUUGGUAUAUGAAUUGCAUGCUGACAGUUAAGCAGCUGCAUCAUCUCUUGUGCACAGUAGGUUAUUUUCACUCUCUUCAUAAAUGCUGCAGUUGCUAUUUUAUAUAGUGUGAGCUACUUAAUCACUCAGUGAUUACUGAAGUCUGUAAAAUGGCAAAUUCAUUCAUUUUGUUUAUGUAUUUUGAAAUACAUAAAGCCUUUCCUA